AUGCUGCCGCAGUCGUCCCAUAAUCCCCGCGGGGCUCGCCGCUCCAGUGUCGGAGCAAAACCUCGUGUCUGCGUGCACUGCGGUCGGGGCUUUCGAAGGACGGAGCAUCUGGAGCGUCACGUUCGCACUCAUACCAAGGAAAAGCCGUUUACUUGCUUUUGCGGCGCUGCAUUCACACGGCGGGAUUUGUUGAAACGACACACCCGCAUUGCGCAUGAGGAGAAUAAUCCUCCAAAUACAGGCGGUCUCAUCUCGCCCAAUUCGCAGCCAGAUAACGAAGUCAUCGAUCAGCGGAAUGAACUGCAACCCGCCGAGAACCCCGUAAUCCAGCAACAACCCCCGUACGACGCACCACCACCACCACCACCGGCCCCAGCCCCAGCCCCAAGAGCCAACGUGCCGAUUCCCGUCACAUCUUCGACAGUCGCACAAUGGCCGGGACCACCGCAGCAUGGGACGUAUAUACCGCAGAGCCAGCCAAUGAUGAACCCGGAUGCUAGUCAUGCAGCGUUAGGUGCACAUCCCGCGGUCACACAUGAUGCAGAAAUUCUAGAAGCCGCGCAAUUGCUUCUUCCUGGAGGCUAUCGGGGUCCCCCACCGCCUGCGCAACCAAUGCCCUAUUUUCCUGAGGAGCUUAACCAUUUUCAGGAAUUUACACAUUUUCUGGACUCGAUUGGGUUGCCGGCAGAAUGGCUUCCAACGACGACGGACAUGCAGCCGACAAUACCUAGUGCUGCUGCUAAUGAUGCCGCCACUCGUGAGCAGCCGAGUUCCUCUCGUAGAAGGUCGCGCGGAGAUUCCCCGUUUAGAUCUUGGUUGCCAUCAGUUCCUUCGGGAGAUCAGAGCUUGGGAGCACUCUCCGAUUAUGAACCUCCUCAAGAAUCCAGAAAUCCAUCGCCAUUGAAAGUGACCGAAGAACAAAGACAGCGCCUUGCAUUCGCAUUGGAAGAGUUCCGUAAUGUCAUUCCGGAUUUUGUUUUACCGUCAAGGCAUACGCUAUCGAGGUAUCUGACCUCUUUUUUUGAUGGAUUCCACUCACAUCUUCCGUUCAUGCAUGCCCCGACAUUCCGGGUCAAUGACCAUGCUCCUGAGCUAAUUCUGGGGAUAUGUACUGUUGGAGCCCAGUAUCGACAGGAACACCGCAAUGCUGAAAAGCUUUUCUACACUGGACGCGCCGUCUUGCUCGAGAGAAUGGCUCGAGAGCCUCACGUUCCUCUCACAGGGUACAGCAAUAUCACUGUACAGGUUCCGAUCUCCCGCUCAUUUCACAGUACCGAAGGUAUCCUACCGGAGGAUGCAGCAGGAGCCAGUGCAUGGAGACAGAUCGAAAGCAUUCGGACACUGCUUGCUCUCAUGGCGUAUGCCUCAUGGGAAUUAAAGCAGGAACUCAUGCAGGAGGCAUUUAGUCUACAGAGUAUGCUCGUACGAAGCAUUCGCGACUUUGGACUAGCAGAAAAUGUCACUGUUGCUCCAAGACACACUCCUUUGCAAUGGCACGAGUGGGCGGAAGAAGAAUCCAUCCGACGGACCAGAAUCAUAUCCUUCUGUUUCGUUCAUAUCCACAGCAUAGCGUACAACGUCUAUCCAAUGCUCCGGAGCAGUGAGAUUCACCUCCGCCUGCCGUGUGCUACUAAAGAGUGGAAGGCAACCACUGCCAGCGAAUGGGAGGCUACUCAGAGAGAGGCUGGUCCUCCGCCAUUGUUCUUUCAGGAGGCUCUUGCAAUUCUUCUGCAGCCAUCACGAACAACUAUUGUUCCUGAUCCGAUACCUACGCCAUUGGGUAAUUACAUUCUUCUUCAUGGUCUCCUCCAAAGAAUCCAUCUUGUCAGCGAGCUUUCUCUUCCGACGGGGGAUCAUGCUUCCUCCCUGCCAACGGAGGAGUUGAAUAGACUUGAGAGAGCACUGCGUGCAUGGACAUCAGUAUGGCAGCAAGCUCCGGAGUCAAGCCUCGACCCUCACAACGAGAACGGGCCCAUUCCAUUCACCUCGAGUGCACUUCUGGGCAUGGCAUAUGUCCGACUUUCUCUUAACCUAGGCCCGUACCGACAAUUAGAAACAAGGGACCCGCACCGCAUCGCCGCGGCAUUACAUAGAUCCCCACGACCAGGACGAAAUUACCGCCUAACACCCGCACUUAUCUAUUCAGCCCACGCAUUGAGCAUACCCGUGAGGCUUGGUAUAGACCAUGUCGCCCGUAGCCAAGCAUUCUUUUGGAGUGUUCGACACUCGAUCGCUGGAUUUGAAUGUGCCAUUCUGCUAAGUAAAUGGUUACUUUCUCUAGCAGAGCCGGGGAGUGGGCAGAAUCUGAGUGAGAACGAAAGUCGCAUCCUCCACUGGACCCGCUGCAUCGUACAAGAAUCAUACGACUCCAUGGACAUGGAAGACAAUGAUACCCUCCCGAAUCUGGAGCCCGCGAACCUUGGCCUAGCGGUCAUCAAGCUCUGGUCUCGUUUGUUCCGGAAAAAUACGCAGUGGCCAUUCAUCAACCUUCUCGGGGAGAGUUUGAAACAGUAUCUGGCUACACUUCCGGGCUGA